UCCCCCUUCCUCGCCAAGGUGGUGGCAGCAGCAGAAGGGUGGGCCUCCUUCUUAGCGAGGCGGGCAGCCGCACAGAACACAACCGGAGAGCGAUCGGCGUCGGCUGCGGCGGCGACGUAGCGUAGCGUACGUCCCGCUUUUUCCUCAGACCAGCCCCGAGUAGUGGUGGCCCCCUCCUCGCCGAGUGCGUCGCCGUUCGUCUGUGUGCGGUGUGGUGCGGUGUGUGCUGGUUUGUGGUGGUUUCGGUGAGCUGGCCGAGCGCGCGUAACACAGCAGCAGUCAAGAUGCGGAUGGACUGCGUGGACCGGGCCGUCUCGUGGCUCUUCAAGGUGGUCGGCGAGUUCAUCGCUCGCUACCCGGGCUACUUCGUCAUCGUGCCCCUGCUCGUGGCUGCGUGCCUGGCCACGGGCAUCCAGCGCAUGGUGUACGUGGACGACCCGGAGUACCUGUUCAGCCCCGUCAACGGCCGGUCGCACGACGAGCGGCGCAUCGUCGAGGCGCUGUUCCCGCAGAACACGUCGUUCAACUUCGACAUCGGCCGCCAGACCAAGCCCGAGAAGUUCGGCCGCCUCAUAGUGGUGACGCGCGACGGCGCCAACCUGCUCACGCGAAAGGUCUGGGACGAGAUCAUGCUCCUGGACCAGAUCAUCAAGAACAUGACCGUCCUCUGGGACGACGACAUCUGGACGUACGAGCAGAUCUGCGCGCGCGACGGCCGCUUCUGCUACCCGAACGAGCUGCUCGACUUCUACCCGUACAUCGACCAGAUCGAGAACGGCACCUUCAAGCUGGAGUACCCGCUGCGGAUAGACCGGGCGCGCCAGAAGAUCUACUUCACCGGCGCCCUGAUGGGCGGCAUCGAUCGCGACGCGGACGGCUUCAUCAAGUCGGCGCAGGCGAUGGCCAUGUUCUACUACCUGGACACGUCGUCGCGCAAGGCCAACCUGCGCUCGCAGGCCUGGGAGUACGCCUUCCUGGACCUGAUGGAGUCGCUCGAGUUCGAGCACAUCCAGCUGGCCUGGUUCACGUCGCGCUCGCUGGCCGACGAGCUGGAGAAGAACACGACCACCGUGACGCCCUUCUUCAGCAUCACCGUGGUGAUCAUGCUCAUAUUCACGGUGACCACGUGCCUCAUGCGCGACGCGGUGCGCAGCAAGCCCUGGCUUGGCAUCCUGGGCUGCGUGUCGGCCGCCGUGUCGGUCAUAGCGGGAUUCGGCAUGGUCAUCUACUUGGGACUCGAGUUCAUCGGCAUCAACAUGGCCGCGCCGUUCCUCAUGCUAGGUGAGUGAUGCAUGCUUUCUGCCAAAGUUGCGAAUGCGCCUGGGCUGAGGCGAACAUUCGAGACUUCGUCCUCUCGAUCCUGGAGCACCGUGUUGCGCUUAUCGUCGGUGAUUCGUUCCAGAACUGUCGCGCGUAUUGUUUCCUUGUGAAGGGAAACGUGUAUGACCCGAGGCGGGAGAUAAGGACAAAGUAAUCUUUGCAAGGGAAGCUCUUUCUUAUAAUGGUCUUCUUUUUUAAUUGGGAGAGUGCGACUGUCAAAGGUUUUGGGUAAAACGUUGCAGACCUUAUUGUUAUGUUUUAAAGGGGGCUGAUGCACGUGUAAACACCAUACGACCACCGGACGACGCUCAAGGAUGCACAGUUAUCAUCAUCAGCGUCACGCACCAGCGGACUCUGUAAAAACAGCUAACGCGAUAUCUUUUUUUCUGCUUCCUCCCGUCGAAACGAAGCACCAACAUCUCUGGAAAAAUGCUUUUGUUUCGACCUGCGCAAGAAAGCGAGACCCCCCGAAACUUCCGCCCGAGGUGUUUAGCCGCGUUUUCAAUGCGCCGUCCGUGUCGCGUGGUCGUUCACACUGGACGAUUCGAGGCCGCGGCGGGAAGUGUCGGCUUUAACGACUCCGCUGUUGGUUCGAUGUCGCGCGGCGUAGCUCGUCCGCCCCACACCGUGCCUACAUGGGAUUGCGGGUUCCGAGAAUGACGUGAUCCGGCGCAAUGCACCGGCGCGGCUAGACCGCGUAUAUAUAUAUAUGCUUUGACCGCGUCGGAAAUGACUCACGGGGCAAGAACUCUCACGUGGAAAGAGUGACGCUGCAUUACGUCUGCCGUUUCCGAAUUUCGUCACGCGUCGAAUCUUCGGACGUUCACGCGGAAUGUAGCCAUCUCCCACAUGUUGAUGCCACUAGCUACUGAAAAAAAGAAAGAGCAAGGCUGGUGUUCGUGGGGAGAGAAUCAAGAAUCGGUGAAGAUGAAGCAAUGUCGUUGCGCAUGUUUUGAUCGCAACUGAAAAUGUGGCUAGCCACGCGAACGAUGGUACAAGUGGUGCGAACAGGAUAGGUGCUGCUGUCCUGUUCGUACCCCUUGUCCCGUUGUCGGCGCUGCUAGCCGUGUUUGCCGUAAACAAACCAGAAUUGUUCCUCAGUCAUCGCACCAAUCGGCUACAUGCGCAGAAGGCUUUUGGUUCUUAGUAACGAGGUUGAGAAUACGCUCGGACAACAGAUAUGCUUUUAAGGCCCUAUGCGGUCCUUCCUUUGCUUGGAAUGAAUGGGUAUGUCGUCGAAUCACGAGCACUGCUCUGGGGUCCCGGGAAUACAUUCAGCAUGAACUUCUUCAGGUAAAAAGUUCCAAGCACACGCAAUCGCAACACAUUUUUUUAAAUCAUCCGCGCGAAGUAUUACGUAACCGGUGAUCAAUCUCCUUUCGUGGAUCCACCACAUUGCGUCCAGUGACAACAAGGAAUAGUGGAGCGAAAGAAAGAAAAGGGGCUGCGGUCUG